AUUUUGAUGGAGAAAGCGUUCAAAAAAAAAAAAACAAAAAAAAACAAAAAACAAAUACAGGAAAAGAAGGCUAGGAGAUGUUAUUGACAAGACUCGCCUCCUAUACUGUCCACUGGCUCUUUACCAUGGCCAAUAAACCCAAACCUCAUCUUCUCCAUCAAGGGACGGCGGCGACGUUACAGAGCUCAGCGAAGAGAGCGAGGACAAUGAGCAGCACUUCGGAGUCUUCCUCCUCCUCCUUUAAGGACGCGUUUGGAAAUUACGCUAAUUAUCUCAAUAACCUUAAUGAAAAACGCGAAAGAGUGGUAAAAGCGAGCCGGGAUAUCACCAUGAACAGCAAAAAGGUCAUAUUUCAAGUUCAUAGAAUCAGCAAGGACAACAGAGACGAAGUUCUUGACAAGGCAGAAAAGGAUUUAGCUGCUGUGACAGAACAGUAUAUGCUCAAGUUGGUGAAAGAACUGCAAGGGACCGAUAUCUGGAAGCUAAGACGAGCAUACUCUCCUGGGGUACAGGAAUACGUUGAAGCCGCAACAUUCUGUAAAUUCUGCAGAACUGGGACUCUUUUAAAUCUGGAUGAAAUAAAUGCUACUCUGUUGCCGCUAAGUGAACCAUCCGUUGAGCCUUUGCAAAUAAAUGUCCUUGACUAUUUGCUGGGGCUUGCAGAUUUGACCGGAGAGCUGAUGCGAUUGGCGAUUGGGCGAAUAUCAGAUGGCGAGCUUGAAUAUGCCAAGAAGAUAUGUCAGUUUGUUCGUGAUAUCUACAGGGAGCUGACCCUUAUUGUCCCAUAUAUGGAUGAUAGUUCUGACAUGAAAACAAAGAUGGAUACAAUGCUCCAAAGCGUGGUGAAAAUAGAGAAUGCUUGCUAUGGUGUCCAUGUGAGAGGAUCUGAAUAUACCCCGCUGCUGGGAUCCAGUGAGCCAAGUUCUUUUUUGUUGAGGGUAUCUGAUGUCGAAUUAUAAAGUAUUUUCUUCUCUGAGAUACUUUUUUCUCUUUCUACUACCUACGGUACCUUUUUCUUGGUUAAUUUUAUGCUAGUUGCACUGGAUUUUCCCCUGAUGCAGGGCAUUCUCUUUGUCCAGUAAUGCUUAGAAGAGAAGUUUUUUUUUUACCUUGCCAAUGGAAAGAUUUUGAAUCA